AUGUCUGCCCCCGAGGUUCAACUUCCCAACCCCUUCACGCCGAUGGCUUUCUUGCCACCAGACUUGGCGUUUCACUUGACGGUCUGCACACAUAUCGUUGUAGGAACAACUGCGGUCAUAAUCUGGGAUAUAAUCAAUAACCUUUCAGGGGAUUACAGACUCCUCUUCAAGCACAAAAUUGGUCCGGCAACCAUUGCAUAUAUCAUUUCAAGGAUUAGUACCCUUAUAUUCGUCCUCUCGACGUCUAUUUUUCUCACAUUGCCCACCGGAAAUUGCACAAAAUUCGAUAAAAUAUUGGACGCAUUUUUUCCGGUCUCCGUCCCUGCCUCUUCCCUUCUUUUCUUUUUCCGAAUGCGGGCCGUUUUUGCUGGAAACAAUUUGAUGGUUGCUUCCGCUUUCUUCCUUUGGCUCGUGUCAUUCGCGGGAACGAUGACGGUGGCGUUUGGGGUAGAAGGUAUCAACAUCGGUCCAACAAAUUAUUGUGUCGUAUCGUCCGCCAAGUCCUACAUCGCGUUAUCUGGGAUACUUCCAUUCGUCCACGAUACAUUCGUCCUCUUAUCGAUUUCCUGGAAGAUGAUGAUGAACACGUAUGAGGACAAUUCGCUCAAAAAUGGGUUUAGGACGGUAGUCUUUGGCGAUUACUUGCCCGCUUUUUCAAGGGCAUUGCUGCAGGAUGGCCAAAUGUAUUAUCUUGUAACGGUCUGUAGCAAUUUGCUCGCCGUCGUCAUGGUUUAUAUGCCCGUUCCCAUUGUUUAUCGCACGGUUUUUAGUUGCCCCAACACCGUGUUGAUGAACAUCAUGGCAUGCCGUGUUUAUAGGAACACGAAAUUCGGUCUCUACAAGAAUUCGGUGGCCUUGUCGACGAGCAGAUACACCUCGGAGGACCGUAGCGGUCCUACUAUCCCCCUCGCAUUCCGGAACGUUGCUUAUUCGUCGAAAGAGUCGCACACGCGCCCGUCUUCGUCUGGUCAUGGCAUUGAGGUUACCAAGACCGUGCACCACGAAUAUGAUAUAUCCGCAAAGAAGAUGCGAAUUACGAAUGACAAUUUCUAG